GCGCUGUUUCGCAGCACUUCGGAGAAGUUAGACACAAAAUGGCGUCUUCCUCAGCGGCAUGAAAGGAUACAUUUAUUUGAUAAUUUGGAUUUUAAAACCCUUUACUCGUGUGGUGGUAGCUUUACUAGACAAGCCCGACUUAUCUGACUUUAACGCAUAAAUUUGGAAGUUCAAAAACUCCCAGGAGCCGAUCGAAACAGCUGCAGCAUGGCAUCUGAGCCCGCGGUGCUGCAGCCGCGGUGGAAGCGGGUUUUGGGUUGGAGCGGUCCAGUGCCGCGGCCCCGACACGGACAUCGGGCUGUCGCCAUAAAGGAGCUGAUGGUGGUGUUUGGAGGAGGCAACGAGGGCAUCGUGGACGAGCUGCACGUUUAUAAUACAGCUACAAACCAGUGGUUCAUCCCAGCCGUCAGAGGAGACAUUCCUCCUGGAUGUGCUGCUUACGGCUUUGUGUGUGAUGGCACGAGGCUGCUGGUGUUUGGGGGAAUGGUGGAGUACGGCAAGUACAGCAACGACCUCUAUGAGCUGCAGGCAAGUCGUUGGGAGUGGAAACGUCUCAAAGCCAAAGCUCCUAAGAAUGGCGGCCCGCCCCCAUGCCCCCGCCUUGGACACAGUUUCUCUCUGAUAGGCUCUCGUUGUUACUUAUUUGGAGGACUGGCCAAUGACAGCGAGGAUCCCAAGAACAACAUACCCAGAUACCUGAAUGACCUUUACUGUCUGGAGUUACGGCCUGGUUCCAGUGUUGUGGGCUGGGAUAUCCCCGCCACAUCAGGCCGGCCCCCUCCACCCAGAGAAAGCCAUACCGCGGUGGUCACCAGUGGAAAAACUGGGAACAGACUCAUUAUCUAUGGAGGCAUGAGUGGCUGCAGACUUGGAGACCUCUGGGUGCUUGAUAUAGAGACUUUGACAUGGAACAAACCAUCCAUUGGAGGAACAGCCCCUCUCCCUCGCAGCCUGCAUUCUGCCACCAUCAUCAACAACAAGAUGUACGUGUUCGGGGGGUGGGUCCCUCUGGUGAUGGAGGAUGUCAAAGUGGCCACACAUGAGAAGGAAUGGAAGUGCACCAACACUUUGGCCUGUCUCAAUUUAGAAACAAUGAACUGGGAGACUGUAGUGAUGGACUCACAGGAGGAGAACAUCCCCCGGGCCAGAGCAGGUCACUGCAGUGUGGCCAUAAACUCUCGUCUGUUCAUCUGGAGCGGUAGAGACGGAUACAGAAAGGCCUGGAACAACCAGGUCUGCUGCAAAGACCUGUGGUACCUGGAGACUGAGCGUCCGUGUGCUCCGUCCCGUGUACAGCUGGUUCGAGCUAACACCUCGUCUCUGGAGGUGAGCUGGGGCCCCUGUCAAACUGCAGAUACAUAUGUUCUCCAGCUGCAGAAGUAUGACCUGCCACAGACCACACCUACAAGCCCUGCCCCAAGUCCUGCUGCCAACCCUGUCCCCACGGCAACGCCUUCCCCAACAACGCCCACUCCAGCUACACCACCCACUGGUAUCACACUGGUCCCUGCAGCUGCGACUGGAAGUGCACUGACCACACCUAAUAAACCAGCUGUCCUGAAGGUAGCAGCAUCUCCUGGAGGGGCCACAGGAGCCUCCAUUGUAACGGUCCGACAGGCCGCUCCCAAAUCCCCUGUUGCUGUGACAACUCUUCCUGCUGGAGUUCGCAUGGUGGUUCCCGCUCAGACCACACAGCAAGGAACGCCAAUCGGCACCAACCCUCAGAUGUCCGGUAUGGCGGCUCUGGCUGCAGCUGCAGCAGCUACUCAGAAGAUCCCUCCUUCAUCUGGGACAGUGUUAAAUGUGCCGACGGGAGCCACUAUUGUCAAGACUGUGGCUGUGAGCCCUGGCUCUACCACUCUGCCCGUCAAAGUGGUUAGUAACCCAGCCACUCGGAUGUUGAAGACUGCCGCUGCACAGGUGGGAGGGGCAUCAGUUGUUUCUGCCCCUGGAACACCCAAUCGGCCAAUCAUCACUGUGCAUAAGUCCGGCACGGUUACAGUGUCCCAACAGGCUCAGGUGGUGACGACAGUGGUGGGAGGAGUCACCAAGACCAUCACACUGGUGAACAGUCCUCUGAGUGUGGGCUCUGGGGGCACGCUUUUGGGAAACCUGGGAAAUCUUGGUAAAGUGGUGUCAGUGGUUCAGACCAAACCAGUGCAGAGUGGAGCAGUGACUGGACAGGCAGGAAGUCCUGUCACACAGAUUCUACAGACUAAAGGCGGCCUUCCUCCUGGUACAAUCCUGAAGUUGGUGACCUCCGCAGACGGUAAACAGACGACAAUACUGAGCACUGCACAGUCUGGAGCUGCCGGAAACAAACCCACCAUUCUGGGAGUGUCACCAACAGGAGCUAAACCAGGGACCACCAUCAUCAAGACCAUCCCUAUGUCUGCCCUGCAGGGAGCCGCUGGUGGAAACAGUCCAAUCACCAUCCUCACAAAUAAAGGAGUGGCUUCAGGAACGGCUCAGAAAAUCAUCACUGCAGUCCCCAAGAUCUCAGCAGGAGGCCAGCAGGGGCUAACGCAGGUGGUUUUGAAGGGGGCCCCAGGGACUCCUGGAACCAUCCUUAGGACUGUCCCCAUGAGUGGAGUCAGACUGGUGUCUCCAGGAUCCAAACCUACUGUCACCACCCUCGUCGUCAAGGGCACCACAGGUGUGUCAAGCCUAGGAACUGUCACUGGGACAGUCUCCACUGUCGCCGGGGGAACUGUUGCUGGGGCCAACGCCUCUCUUGCCACUCCUAUCACCACCUUAGCAACCAUCGCCACGUUAGCAGGCCAGGUUACUACAGCAACCGCAGCUGGUGCAACCAAACAGGUUACCCUGAUCACAACCCCCAGUGGAGCUGAGGCUCAGCCCUUGGUCCAGGACCUGCCUGUGUCCAUCAUGGCCUCCCCUACUUCUGAAGAACCUGGAAGUACCACCACCAGCUCCACAGUUACUACCACAGCCGAGGGAGAUGAGGGCUCCAACACAGUGACGCUGAUCUGCUCUAACCCCCCGUGUGAGACCCAUGACACAGGGACCACCAACACAGCCACUGUGGCCACAGCGUCGAUGGGAGGGACAGAGAGAGUCUGCUCCAAUCCUCCCUGUGAAACUCAUGAGACCGGGACUACCAACACUGCCACUGUGGCUGCCUCCAACAUGGGACAGAACACACAGGUCACCUCUAACCCGUCAGUGAACGGAGCCACAGUCUGCUCCAAUCCUCCGUGUGAGACGCAUGAAACGGGGACAACAAACACCACUACUACAGCAGGAGCAGGAGGACUGCGACAGAUCUGCUCCAAUCCUCCCUGUGAGACCCAUGAAACUGGCACGACUAACACCACCACCACAGCCGGAGCAGGUGGUCUCCGACAGGUCUGUUCCAAUCCUCCAUGUGAGACUCAUGAAACGGGAACCACCAACACGGCGACUACAGCAGGAGCAGGGGGAAUUAGACAGGUCUGUUCAAAUCCUCCAUGUGAGACUCAUGAAACGGGAACCACCAACACGGCGACUACAGCAGGAGCAGGGGGAAUUAGACAGGUCUGCUCAAAUCCUCCUUGUGAAACUCAUGAAACAGGAACCACCAACACAGCAACUACAGCCACAGCUCAGCAGAGUGGAGAGUCACAGGGAGAAACUAGUGAACCCUCAGACGCCGCCUCCUCCGUCACCACAGCCACUCAGAGCAGGGCUGUGACCACCGUGACACAGGCCACGCCCACUCCAGGGCCUUCCAUUCCAGAGAUCUCGUCGUUGGUUGGAGAAGAGAGGGCAGACUCUUCUGAAGCUGUCGCUGUGGUCACUGGAGCUGAGGGAGAAGAGCCAAUGCAGACCGACCAACCAGAGGACGUGAUGUCGUCUGGAGCCACAGUGUUACAGGUCCAUAUGGGAGGAGCAGGAGAUGCCCCACAGAUGGAGACGGCAGACAGCGGCCUGCCUCAGGAGCUGAUGUCAUCGGAGGGGGACGAAUCAGGAGCUACGACUCUCAUGGUGACUGGACUGACCCCGGACCAGCUGACCACAGCAACAGACGAGGCCCAGCAAGCCACGAUACAGGCCGUCCUCCAGGCAGCGGGGCAGUUAGGCGAUGCAGAAGGUGGAGACCAGACUAUUCCAAUCGUCUUAACCCAGCAGGAGCUGGCUGCACUGGUCCAGCAGCAGCAGCAGCUCCAGGAGGCCCAGCAGGUGGUGCCCAAAUCAGAGCCAGAGCCGAUGGCAGAGCAGGCACAGCACGCCAUGCCCACAGAGGGUCUGGCUCCAGCCGACAGCCUGAAUGACCCAGCGGCAGAAAGUAACGGCCAUGAGCUGGCAUCGUCUGCGGUAACAAGUGCUGUUGCCCGAUUGGCCAGUACAUUUGCCCCGCCUCCUCUGAGCGCCAGUCCCAACAAGCUUCAGGCUGCUGCUACGCUAACAGAGGUGGCUAACGGCAUUUCUAAUGCUGCUCAGAAACCAGCCGCAGUGAAGCCAGUCCCCAAAGACUCUCAAUGGUACGACGUGGGCAUCGUGAAGGUCACCAACAUGGUGGUGUCUCACUACUACGUCCCCUACGAUGAUAAUUACAUCGACGACGACUCUGGUGCAGUUCCGGAUUAUUCUCAGAUGAGGAAAGUGGAACUGCAGCCAGGAACAGCCUACAAGUUCAGAGUGGCAGGCAUCAACAUCUGCGGAAGAGGGGCCUUUUCUGAAGUGUCUGCGUUUAAAACCUGUUUACCAGGGUUCCCCGGAGCUCCAUGUGCCAUUAAAAUCAGCAAGAGCCCAGACGGGGCACAGCUCACCUGGGAGCCUCCUGCAGUCACCUCUGGGCGGAUCACAGAGUAUUCUGUUUACUUGGCCAUCCAGUCCUCACAGACCUCCGCGGGCUCCUCGGGGUCCCAGGGGCAGUUAGCCUUCAUGAGGGUCUACUGUGGCCCCAGUCCGUCCUGCCUGGUCCAGUCCUCCAGUCUGUCCAACGCCCACAUCGACUACACCACCAAACCUGCCAUCAUCUUCAGGAUCGCAGCAAGAAAUCAGAAGGGCUACGGACCCGCCACGCAAGUGCGGUGGUUACAAGAUACUAAAGACGCCAAGCCUGCUAUGAAAAGACCUGGAGUGUCACCUGAUUUUAAACCCGCCGGAUCGAAGAAGUUCAGAGCCGACCAAUGAGAACUCUCUUUGCUCUGAAGCCUGAGAUUGGACAGCUCUUCUUAAGCUCUGCCCUGUUAUGCCCUUAAAAGAAGAUCGGCCUGGGCCAGUGGCUCCUUUUACCACGAGACCCAUCCACAAUCUUCAAAACUGAAAGACAGAGACUUGUAAAAUAUAUUUGUACAUUAAUCGAUCCGAACGUUUAUCAUGUUAUUUUUUUCCUUUAUUUCUUCUUGCUGUUUGUCAGGAACCGAAUGUUAAAAAAAAGAAAAGGGGGGAGUCAGUGGCAGUAUUUUGUCAUCCAUUGAAAAUAAUUAAUGUUUUUCAGUUAAAUGUAGUUUGUAGAAAGGUCAAAGGUUAAGGGGUGGGACUUGGACCAGCUCUGUGUAAAUUAAUUAUUUCUGUAGCUGUUUCUCUUUAUUCACUCUUUUUUUAUAUAUAUAAACGUCUCAAAGAAAAGCCAAAUGGUUUAUGUUUAUCUGUGGUUUAUGUUACUCCGUUUUGGACUCUGCCAUUGGUCCAUUUGAAUGAUCCGAGCUCCCUGAUUGGUCCGUUGGUUUGUGGGACUUAUGGGGCAGUCUGAUUUGUCAAUUCUUGUUUGUGGAAUGAUUCAGCUGUUGUUUGUGAAUAUUCUCUGCAACAAUAAAGAUUUUUAGAGCAUUUUUUACAAA